AUGCGGCAAUGUCCCACCGUAUUGCUCCUCUUUGUGAUUCUCCUACCGAUAGUGAGUAAUAUAGUAAACGCGAAGAGGAGUAACUCGGUGAAGAAGGACACCGUACGGGGUUACAACACAAAGGUGAGGAGGAAGAAGCGCUUUAGGGUAGUAACGGGUAGGGGGAAGACCGAACUAGACAGACUGGGGGACACCCUCGUUCCCAAAAGGGCAAUACUUGGAGGCGAAAGGCCCCUGACGAAUCUAGGGAUAAACUUCAAACGCAGUUACCUUUGGAGCGAGAGGGAAAAACCGACAAGCAACGCUAUAUGCGAAGAGGACCCAACUGGAGGGGGUGGAGAAAAUGCUCCGCUUUCAUUUUUUAACAAAUUGAAGAGAGGAAUGAAGAAAUAUGCCAACAAAGUGAGCAAGUUUCUGCAGGAAGACAACAUGUUGAAUUUUCUAUGGGUAUAUAAAAAUGUCUUUUGUAAAAAGAAAAUCAUCCUUCUCACCUUCUUUGUAAUGAUACACAGUGCAAUCAUUAGUAUCAUAAUACCUCGCUGUGAUAAUUUGAUAUUCCAAGAUGUAUCAAACAGAAGGUUCGACCAUUUUGGGGGUCUCCUCCUGAAUUGUUUCCUGGUGAGAGUGAUUAACAUGUGUUUGUGCGGGCUCCGCAACUAUAUUUUCAUGGUUACGAGUGCUCAUUCCGUGAAGGAAGUGAAGAGACUCUUGUUCCAAGUUUAUAUCAAUAAGGACAAUGAAUACGAUGACCAAAUGGAUCACAGCGAAAUUGUGAACAGGAUAACUUUGGAAACACACGACUUUGCAGAUAUCAUUCCGUAUUAUAUAAAUCCAUUCAUACGGAAUUUUUUCUCCAUCAUUUUCAAUUUUGCAUAUAUGUUUUACUUGAAUUAUAAGUUGUCAGGAGUGAUUAUGGGUUGCUUCUUGAUUUCCUCCCUCCUUACUAUCAUUUCGACCAAGCUGAAGAAGAGGAGGAUAAAAUCGAUAAACAAGGAGAAAAGUAGAAGCACUAAGAUAUCCCUGGAAGCACUGAACAAUAUCAAUGUUAUCAAAUUGUUCAGUACUGAACUGUACGAGUGCGGUAGAUAUUCCCAGUCGUUAAGUGAAAUUCUUCGUCUUCAAAUUAGGAAGGAGCGUUUUAAUCUUGUCCACAUGGUGGUGAGCAAACUCUUCGUUUUGGAAACGUAUAUACUCAUUCUGCUCAAGGGGGAGACCCUCCUAAGGGGAAACGAAAUUGACAGGAAUACCUUCACGUCUUUUUUCUUUUACAUAAAUAAUAUUUACUCGUACAUAGAUAUUCUCGACUACUACAUGGACAUAUGCAACAUUGUGAAUCAGUACCGCCACAUCAUCGGGCUGAUCGGGGAGGAGGCCCAGAGAGAGGGGGGCAAUGUUGACCCUUCUGAUGGUGGCGAGAAUAAGAAGCACGUUCAGCCUUCUCAGAGGAGCUCCUCCGACUGUGUCAGCUGCCCCUCUCCUAACAAGGCUGCUGCGAAGGGAAUCUCUCUCCAGCUAGACACCACCGCGGACAGCAGUCAAUCCGACGUGGUGCUUCAAUUCAAGGUCUUCUGCAAGUACAAAAAUACAGACAACUACGUUUUGAAAAAUCUCAAUUUCAAGAUUUUAAAAAACACAAAUAAUGUCAUACUGGGAAGGAGUGGAGGGGGAAAAUCAACGCUGCACAAAUUGAUGCUAAAUUUUUACAAAUGCUCCAAGGGAAAGGUGUACCUUUAUAACAAGCCAAUUAGCCAUUACAGUGGAAAAGAGAUUAUGAACACAGUUUCGUACGUCCAACAGGAUUCGAAGCUACUUAAAGGGACAAUAAAGGAAAAUCUGACCCAUUGCAUCACAGACGAUUGCACCAAUUUUGACAUGCUCGAUUUGAUUAAUAUUUCGAAGUGCUGUACUUGUCAUGAGUAUAUAAGCAAACUGCGGAAGAGGUACGAGACCAUUAUUUCGAAUAGGACUGAAUUGCUAACCACCUCUCAGAAGCAGAAAAUUUGUAUAGCAAGAGAGCUAGCUAGGAGUCCGAAGAUCCUUCUCUUGGAUGAGUCCACCUCGGCCGUGGACAGGUACAAUGAACGAGUCAUUUUCCAAAACAUGAGGCAGAAGUCGCUUUUUAAAAAUCUGACUAUAAUUCGCAUAACGCAUAAGAAGGCCAAUUUGGACUUGGCGGAUAACAUUUUCGUUCUGAAGGGUAGGCCCCUCUGGGCAUCCUUCCUGCACCGCCAUCAUAUGUGCGUGCACCAGGGGCGACACUUCGCGGUAGCAAAAUACUCGCUGUGA